AUUCAUUUACCUAUCUUUAUUAAAUCAAAAAUAAUUUCGAAAUGUUGUUUUUAAUUCUUUUUUAAUUUUUUACUUAAAUUAUCUUUCUUCGAUGUAAAAUUUCAUCGAUUUAUUAUUUAUUAAUAAAUCUUGAAACUGUAAAAUUUCCUGUCAAUUAUCAAUUAAAUAUCAAUUUUUGUUAAAUGCGCCAACAAUCCGUUCCAUCUUCUUCAUCCAGCAUCAUCAGGAAAAUUACUAUUGAAAAAUCACCAUGGAUUAAACUUGAGCGCAUCUUCUACCGAGAACCUUCUUUAAACGAUGAUAAUUUUACAGACGAUUGCGAACAUUUUGAAUCGUAUCUGUGCGAUGAGAAUGGAUCCCCCCUAAACUUAGGGAACAAUAUCAAGUACUGGGAUAUCUUCUCCAGGAACACUUUCGGGCAGUCAGUAACUGCGAACUCCGCAACUGCCUUAGCAUUUUGUUACACCCGCCAGAAUGGGAAUUACAUGUUUUAUUUAUCAGUAGUUGAACAGUUUAGACCAUCAGUGAACUCAAAUACCCUUGAGUUCCCCAGUGGUAUUUGUGAUAGAGACGAAUCCGUAACUCGGUGUGCAUUGCGUGAAUUAAGAGAGGAAACUGGAUAUACUGGAGAGCUUCUCAACAAUAGUCCAAAUUUACCCACAAGUGUUCUGGGAAAUGAUAGCACAUGUUUAGUAACAGUAUUGGUAAAUUUAGACUCCGAAUUGAAUUUAAAUCCAGUUCAACAUUUAGAACCAACUGAAAAUAUAACUGCGCACAUUUUCCCUUUAAACAAUUUACUCCAAAAUUUGAUUCAAUAUUGUAAUAAAUCGGGAUCAAAAAUAGCUGACAACCUUUAUCUUUUUUCAUAUGCUUUAUCUUUGGUAUCACCUGAGUCUCUGUUACCACAAUUAGUAAAGAUGGUUCAUCCAACGUAAUUUUAUAUUGUUCAAAAA